AUACAAUUUUCACAUAGACAGUAGUUCAAGUGUCCUAACCCAACUAUUUUCACGUGCGUGUCCCUGUAAUUCAGUUUUUUGUGUUUGUGUAAGUUAAAAACGAUGGCAAAGAUAAAAAACAAGAAGCGCAAAACGGCGGAUCAAGUCCACGGACGGAAAGAAGCAAUGCAAGCGAAAAAAUCCAUGAAUCCUUUCGAGAUUCAUGUAAAUAAGGAAAAAAUGAGGGUUUUGGGUAAAAAAAACAAGAACGAUAGGGGUUUGCCAGGUGUAUCGCGUGCCAAAGCGAUAGAAAAACGUAAACACACUUUACUACAGGAGUAUAAAGUGGCGAAUAAGUCAAAUAAGUUUAUGGAUAAGCGUAUCGGGGAGCGAAAUAAAAAUAUGACGGAAGAGGACAAAGUAAUGGCAAGGUUUUCAGCUGUUAGAGUGAAAGCACACAAUAAAAAAUCGAUUUUUAAUUUGGCUGACGAUGAAGUUUUAACUCACAAAGGGCAGACAUUGAGUGAAAUCGAAAAAUUUGAAGACCCCAGAUCGGAUGAUGAAGAUAAUGACUACGAACAAAAAUCGGGAAAUUUGGAGAAAGAUUUCGUUGGUGACGCUCAUUUUGGUGGUGGUCUAUUUAGAAAAACUGGCAAAGAAGGUGCUAAAACACACAAAGAACUUAUCGACCAACUUAUUGCUGAAUCUAAAAAACGUAAAGCAGAAAAACAAAAAACCAAGGAAGCAACCUUAGAACUAACAGAAAAAUUGGACUCUGAAUGGAAAGACUUAAUGCCCCUUAUCAACAAAAACAAAAAAACAGAAGAAGACAGAGACAAAGAAUCAACACCAAAAGUUGAUGACUAUGACAAAGUAAUGAGGGAACUCCGUUUCGAAGCACGCGGUACAGUUUCAGACAGGCUCAAAACUGAAGACGAGAUCGCGAAAGAAGAAAAAGAAAAGUUGGAAAAACUGGAAAAAGAAAGACUGGAUAGAAUGCAAGGUUUUGUGGAGGAAAAAUCGAAUAAACCAACUCAUAGAAGCGCCGAUGAUUUGGAUGAUGAUUUUGUUUAUGAAUCAGAUCCAGAAUAUAUGCUUUCCUACAAUAAUGAAGGAGAAUCCAAUGUUAAAGUAGACGCGACUAUUAAUGGAAAGAGUAUUGGAGAUAAUGAAGAUAACUCUGAUGAAGAAAAUGAUGAAGGAGAUGAAGAAGAAGCAGAGGGUGAGGAAGAAGAUCAAGAAGAAGAAUCUGAAGAAGAGCCAGAUAAUCUAUCAGAUCUGAAAGAAAGCGACGGCGAAAACGAAGAUUUGGAAGAUGAAAAACCUAAAACACAAACAGUAAAAAAAUUGGGCAAAAUUACAGAAAAAUUUAAGGAAGAGGCAAGAAAGAAUGACACCAUAAUACUCCCCAAAGAAGAAACUUUUAAUACAAAAGAAAUGAUUCAGGAUGAUCUUCAAAAACGCAAGGAAAUAAUGGAAAAAGCGCGUAAUGAGCUACCAUUUACCUUCUCAUUGCCUGAUUCUUAUGAAGAUCUUCAAAAGACUUUUGAAAAUCAGUCUAGCAAUCAUCAAUGUGUAAUUCUAGAAAGAAUGAUAAAAUGUAAUCACCCCAGUCUAUCAGCGGGCAAUAAGGAAAAUUUAGGAGUUUUAUUUGCCUAUAUUCUACAACAUUUAAACGAUAUUGGUUCAGAAGCAACCAAUGCUAAAUCAAUUAAAGAAUGCUUCAAUAUUUUUAAUGCUAUAGUACCUCAAAUCUAUGAGUUAGCCCAGUUGAAUCCUGAUAAUGCUCAUAAUUCUUUAAGAGAAGUUUUGAAAGAAAAGCAUGAAGAAUACAAAAAGUCGCCCAAGAAAUACCCAGGCCUUGAGUUGCUCUUGUUUUUUAAAUUGGUCAGUAUUUUAUUUUCCACAUCAGAUUUUCGACAUCAAGUUAUAACACCAUGUUUUAUUUUUAUGGAGCAAAUGCUCAACAAAUGUAAAGUUCAAACUCAAAUUGACAUUUCGUAUGGUUUGUUUUUGUGUACGUUAAUUUUGGAGUAUACAUCUUUAUCUAAAAGAUACUUACCAGCUGUUGUUAAUUUUUUGGGCGGUAUUUUACAUAUGACCAUACCCAAAACAAGUGUUAAAUUAAUUAAAGUUUCCCCACCGUUUAAAUCAACGUCUUCACAUUUAGUUUUAGUUGAGGAUAAAAGUAAAAAAACGUAUGAUAAUUUGAAAUUAAGUAGUGCAGAUUUAUUGGAUAGUAGUGAGAUUACAGAGGACUUUCAAGUAAGGGCUUUUUAUAACACUGUAAAGUUGAUUGAGGAAUUUGUAAAUAAUUUAAAAGACUUGUCAAGCAAUGUGGAGAUAUUUCAAGGUAUUGCAAAUUACCUUAAGUUAGUUAAAGUUGAUAAAUAUCCUAAGGUUGUAAAGGAAGCUAAGCUUUCUUUGGAAAAAUUACUGGAAAAUAAUAGAAAAGAGAGAAAAUUGGAAUUUAUUGUCAUGGAGGCCAAAAAACCCAAGGCAUUAAGGCUGUAUGAACCUAAAAUUGUGGAAAUCUAUGAUGGUAAGAAAUUCAAAGUACAAUCCAGAGAAAAGGCUGCAAGGGAUAAAAUGCUCCACAAACUUAAAAAAGAACAGAAAGGAGCCCUUAGAGAAAUUAGAAGAGACAAAUCUUUCCUUGGAAGGGUUAAAAUAUCUCAGAAAUUACAAAGUGAUAAGGAAAGAAAAGACAAAGUUAAAAGAAUCUUCUCUGAAGCGAAUAUUCAACAAAGUGAACUUAAUGCUAUUGAUAGGAAAAAGAAGAGGAAGUGAAUUAUUUUUUUAUAUAUUAAAAAUGUUUUAUUAUUUAUGUGCUGUUAUUAUUUGCAACUUGAAAUUUAAGAGUUUACUUUCUAUAGGAGAAUGCCAUGCUUUCUAUAGAAAUCAUUUUCUAUAGAAAAUAAAGUUGUAAAUUUCAAGAAAAACUCCCCUGUAUGGAAAUAUAGAUAUAAUGUACUCCUGAUAGGUAAAUAUGAACAAAAUUGUAUAUUUU